AGGCAGUGAUGUGAGCUGACAGGAGCUGCCACGGGCUAACUCAUUCAGAGUUGAGCUGCUUUUUUUACGCAGCGUUUUAACACAACACAGAGUCAAAUGCAUCGUGUGGAACUCUGAAAAGGAGAAGUCUGACUGCUCGAUCCAUCACAAUGAUGUGGAAAUUGAUUCAUUUCAGUGCUCUUUUCAUUGGAGCUCUCUCCUCCCUCACUCCAUCCUCACCUCCCGACCCCACCGAGGAAGCUGGACCAUGUCGGAUCUACAACUCUGGCCGCUCUGCAGACUGCCAUGGGAGACAACUUGACAGUGUGCCUCGAAAACAAUUUCCAGCCACGCUUGAAAACAUAGAUCUCUCCUACAAUAAGCUUCAUGCUAUCCAUGCCAGUGAUUUCCAGCACCUCACUCAGCUCCGCGUCCUCCAGCUGCAGUACAACAACAUCUCAUCCAUUGACAAUGAUGCCUUUAGAAGUAAUAUGCUGCUGGAGCAUGUUAACAUCUUUAAUAACUCACUGCCGGAAAUUCCUGCAGCACCUCUGUCACCUCUCCUAAAUCUAAAAAAUCUCUACAUAUCCAAUAACCUUUAUAAGCAUGCCACUUUGGCAGAUAGCUUUUCUAAAUAUGUCAAACUCCAGGUUCUGUCGAUGGGUGGUCCUCUGGUGAUGGGUCUGAAGAAAAAUGACUUUCAGCCCUUGAAGAACAUCAGUUUGCAAGCGUUUGCUAUAAAGUGCUCCUCUAAUCUCAGCUACUAUGAGCUUGGAAGUUUAGAAGAGAUUCAGACGGGACAGAUGGGCUUUGAUAUGGCCAUAGAUCAACGUCCCGAAGCUCUGCUGGAUAUGCUGCGUGAUCUGGCCAACAAGAAGAUAAGAACCAUUCAGUUCCGCAACCUCUUUGAGUUCAUGUACUACAUGGGUGAUAAAGACAUUUUCCAGGGUUUAAAAAACAUCGAUGCCCAUCAGCUCAUCUUUCAUAGAGGUAAAUUCAACGAGAACAUCCUGAGAAUGGCUUUAAUGAAUCUCCAAGGGACCACUAUUAAAAAGCUGAGACUUCAGUACAUCGACUUUGCCCGUUCACCAACAUUUAAUGAUAGGGGAGUAGGUUCCAGCAUCACAAACCUGACACUAGAUGCAUUAGAUCUUUGGUACAUCAGCAACCCUGAUAUACUGCGGUUUGACUGGCGCUUCACCUGGUUCAACAAAAUUAAGAAGAUUUCCAUCCAGUAUAUGUAUUUUAACACCGUCCCUUGUGACUCCUGGACUGAGAUGGAAGGUGUGGAGUUCCUGGACGUUUCCAACAACCGACUGAACGAUGACGUCCUCUACAACAAACUCUGUGAUUACAGGGGCACCAUGCCGAGUUUGCACAACUUCAACCUGAGCACCAAUGAACUGACCAGCUUGAAGGACUUGUCUUUAUUAACAAAAGAGUUCAGGAACCUGCAGGUGUUGGAUCUUAGCAACAACAAACUGGGAUCUACCGUAGAAAGGGAGGGCUGUGUUUGGAAACAAAAUGUCACACAAGUAAUUGCUCACCACAAUCAGUUCGUAAGUGAAGCCGUCAAUUGUCUUCCAACAACAAUGUACUACUUAGAUCUGUCCUACUGUGACCUGGACCAACUGGACAUGGCAUUCUUUAAGAAAGCUACCAACCUGAAACACCUUCUGCUGAGUGGAAAUAAAAUUAAGUUCAUCCCAUCCAAAUGGGAGAGUCCAUCCCUGCAGUAUUUAACUCUGGAUGGAAACUCGUUUGGUUUGAUCAACAAAGCAUCUUUUCAAGACAUGCCUCAGCUGUCCGAGCUUAGAGCAGGAAACAACCCUUACCAUUGCACUUGUGAGCUCCAUGCCUUUAUCCAGGACACAACGUCUAAAGGAAAGGUUAACCUGACAGACUGGCCUUGGAACUACAGGUGUUACCACCCAGAGAACUUCCUCAAUACAUUCAUAUCAAAAUACUUUCCUGGUCAGGUGGCAUGUGACAUCAGACUUGUUAUCAUCAUCUGCGUUGCAACUACUGCCGUCGUGACUUUAGUACUUGUACUAAUUUGCUAUAUUUUUGACCUCCCAUGGUACACCAAAGCCACUUAUCAGAUUAUCAGGGCAAAAUACAGGGCCCACAAGGAAAAAGCUGCAGGGGAUUUCGAGACUUUUACCUACCAUGCCUUUAUAUCCUAUAGCCACUCAGAUGCUGACUGGGUGAGAGACCAGCUCUUACCCUGUUUGGAGAACAACAGGAACCCUUAUCGGCUGUGUAUUCAUGAACGGGACUUCAUGCCAGGACGAUGGAUCAUUGACAACAUCAUUGAGAACAUUGAAACCAGUCGUAAGGUUAUUUUCGUCCUCUCUCGGCACUUUGUUAACAGCGAAUGGUGCAACUACGAGCUGUACUUUGCACAACAAAGAGCGAUGGGAAAGACCUUCAGCGACGUCAUCCUUGUGGUGAAGGAGCCCAUUGAUCCAAGCUCACUGCCCAGCAAGUACUGCAAGCUAAAGAAGAUGCUGAGCACAAAGACUUACCUAGAAUGGCCCCAGCAGGCUAACCAGCAGCCUUUCUUCUGGGCACAGCUGAGAAGUGUUCUGGGUAAACCUACAGAGACCCGGGAUGGGAACCACAGUAUUAGAAGCAAGAAUUCAUCUCUUGGAAUUCCUGCGAAUAAUCCCCCAGUGGAGGAAAACAUGCCAGUUGAAGACAUACAUGGUGAAAACAACCAAGAAAAUGUUAUUGAAAUAGGAACUGAGCUGUGAAACAAGUACCUGUAAUGACAUAACCCAAACAACCUCCCACAUUUCAAUGGAAUUUGCCAAAAAAUUGCUCUAAAUCUUCUUAGCCCAUGGCAUUCUGUCGCGUCAGCCAUGCAAACUGCGAGUAGCACUGAUUUUCUCAAACCUGGUUCUUAAAAAACAUGAUCAGAUGGGAUGACAAGUGCCAUACUGUGAAAAACAGUGUUCUUUAACAUUAUUGUACCUCGGAGAAGCGAAAUUUUAAGGUUAUUUAAACGUUUAUGCUGGUCAACAUUUCAAGGUUAAUUUUGUUGUUUUAAUUAGCUGAAGUUUUAAAGCAUAAAACUUUGGGUCAUACAAACUUUGAGGCUUGGGGAGAGGGGUUCUCCAGAUACUCUAGUUUCUUCCCACUCACCAAAAACAUGCAUGUUAGGUUAACUGGUAACUCUCAAUGGUCACUAAGUGUCUGAAUGGAAGCCUGAACGGUUGUUUUGUUCAUGUCUAUACGGCACUGAUGACCUCACCCACCCAAUAACCACUGCACAAACGUUCCUCCAGUAGUGAAAUUUUACAUCAGAUUUAAUUUUGACUGUGUAUAUAAAAGCCACUUCUCUUGUUUUGAAAGUUGUUUCAUCUCCCAUUUUAAAAGCUUCUUCAGCUUUAAGUGGCUGGCUUAAAGCUUCAGGCAUUUACACUCUUGUUAGAACAAGCACACUUUCGGAGUUGUUGAAGAUGUGAGACUAUUUGAAUUAUUGCUGAUGUAACUCUCCCAAAAACAACUUAGAAUAAGAAGAAUAAAACAGCUCACCUCAGAGGUCAAAUGAGAUUAAAAAAACAUUUGCCUAAUCAAGAAAAGUUCAUUUCAUUUUGUCACUUUUAUAUAAUACUAUAUUAUAAUCUAACAAUUUUUGACCACUAGGAGCAGCAAAAUCUCAGAACAAGCUUGACAUCUCUGCAUUACAAGGAAAAAAUAUACUAUAUGUAUUUACAAAUAAACAAUAUGUAAAUAAACUGAUUAAACAAUACAAAUACAGCACAACAGAACAAUGCAAAUAAUGUUUACUUUAAUUUAAAGUUCUUGAUUGUCAUGAAGUAUUUUUAACAGCUGCUGGUUUAAGGUCUCAGUAAUUUGGGGCUGAGUUGAGCUCAGACUUUAAUCAUGGUAACUGAUUUAUUUUCUCUGAAAAUGUUUUCAUCACCUUUGACUUUUUUAACUCUGUGUUGAUCCAGGUUUUAUCUGACCUCUCUCGUUGCUUGAGAAACAAGUGAUUUUUUUUUGUUUUCCUGCAGAAAGUGUCAAAUUAAGAAAAAGAAAACUGAUUAUUAAUGCACCACAGGAAUGAGAAAUAUAAUAUACUUCAUAUAAAGUUUGACGACACGGGACACGUCUUAUAAAACACACUUGAACACAAUUAAAUAUACAUAUAGGAGAAGUAAAUGUCUUGUUUUAAAUAAUGCUGGUCAUUAUAUUUCACACAGUAUUGUUGUAUUUUUUGCCCAAUAAAAUU